AUGUCGACACCAGUUCUUCACUACUUCAACCUCGGAAGCCUUGGGCGGGGUGAAAUUAUCCGAGUAUUUAUGAAUGAGCUUAACAUCGACUAUGAGGAUGUUUUAUACAGCUACGAUGAGACAUGGCCCUCUGUCAACAAAGCCAAGGGCGUGAGCUUGACGGGAACGCUGCCCAUCUUGGAGAUUGAUGACCAGAGGCUCUACCAGCAUCUUGCCAUUCUUCGAUACCUAUCUCGCCGGGCUGGUGCAUACGAUGGCGAAACCAACCACGAGAAGUACCUUGUUGAUGCGGUAGCUGAUAUCUACAAUGAUUGGCGAACUGGCUGGGUCAACCAGCUAACCGCUAAAUCGCCCGACUACCAAGCCACACAUGUCGCCAAAUUCCAGGGCCUGUUCACCGAUUUCUACUCGCAGGACACCAGCGGUCCCUAUCUCUUGGGCAACAAGCCGACCUAUGUUGACUUUGCCGUCUUUCAAGCUCUCGACAACGACGAGGCCAUUGGCGCUGCUCCUAAGACGCUGUCAGAGCCACUGACGAAGCUGAAGGAAGCUAUUCUGGCUCGCCCGAAUGUCAAGGACCACCUGGCUAAGCGAGCUGCUGCUAAAUAG